ACAAAAGUGUUUGUAGAAAUACUUAAGCAGUCACUUUUGUAAAAUUCUUGUAUGGUAUCAUUCUUACCAUCACUUCACAUCCUACUCUGAGGUGAUUCAGUUCUUCCGCAGGGAUGUGGCCUAUAGGUCAUAUUACAUUGCAGAAUCUUGAGUCAUAAGAACCUUUGCAGAACCGGCCAGGCGCACUAUAAAUUCAUCCUACCCUUCAUGUGAACUGCAGAAACCUUGGAGACACGCAGAGCAGCAGUGUUUCUCCCUGCACAAAACAAGCUUCAGGACAAUGGAUGUAUUGAAUAAAGCAAACACAAGCUUUGCUCUUGACUUUUUCAAACAACAAUGUCAGGAAGAUGGUAAUAAGAAUAUUUUGUUCUCUCCUUGGAGUAUUUCAUCUGCCCUGGCUACUGUUUAUUUGGGAGCCAAAGGUAACACUGCAGAUCAGAUGGCAAAGGUACUUCACUUUAACAAAGCUGAAGGAGCCAAAAAUGUCACCACAACCAUAAGGAUGCAAGUGUAUUCCAGAACAGAACAAAGUCUGUCAAAUCAACGUGCUUGUUUCCAGAAGACAGAGAUUGGCAAAUCAGAUAACAUCCACACUGGAUUUAAAGCCCUCAGCUUUGAAAUCAACCAACCCACUAAAAAUUACCUACUUAAAAGUGUCAACCAGUUGUAUGGAGAAAAAUCAUUGCCUUUCAGUAAGGAAUACUUAAUGUUAGCCAAGAGAUAUUACAGUGCAGAGCCGCAAUCGGUUGACUUUGUGGGAGCAGCAGAUGCAAUCAGGAGAGAGAUCAAUUCCAAUGUUGAGAAACAGACUGAAGGUAAAAUCCAAAAUCUGCUGCCUUCUGGAUCUGUAGAUUCACUCACCAGGCUAGUCCUAAUAAAUGCACUCUACUUCAAAGGAAACUGGGCAACAAAGUUUGAAGCUGAAGCUACCAGGCAAAGACCUUUCAGAAUAAACAUGCAUACAACUAAACCAGUGCCCAUGAUGUAUCUGAGGGAUAAAUUUAACUUAAACUACAUAGAAUCAGUUCAGGCUGAUGUUCUUGAGCUUCCAUAUGUCAACAACGACCUCAGCAUGUUUAUCCUGCUACCGAGUGACAUCUCUGGCUUACAAAAGCUAGAAAGAGAAUUGACUUUUGAAAACCUGUCUGCAUGGACGAAUCCAGAACUAAUGGAGAAAAUUAACACGGAAGUUUAUCUGCCCAGGUUCAUGUUAGAAGAGAAAUAUGACCUCAAAUCUACUUUGAGUAGGAUGGGGGUACAAGAUGCCUUCACAGAAGGUCAAGCUGAUUUCACAGCAAUGUCCAAGACUGGUGAUCUGUUUUUGUCACAAGUUUUUCACAAGUGUUACCUGGAAGUCAAUGAAGAAGGCACAGAGGCAGCAGCCGCCAGCUCGGCAACACUGGCAUCACGAACUGUUGGUGCUACUGUUCUCUUUUUGGCAGAUCACCCUUUCCUCUUCUUUAUCAGGCACAACAAGACCAAGACUAUCCUCUUCUUGGGAAGGUUUUCUUCUCCCUAGGAACUUGAU